AUCUUCCUGCACUGCCCGCAUGUCUGGCUCCAGACUUGACUGUCUGCCAGGCUCCUGUCCAGGGCCAUCAGCCCUCAUGGCCUUGCAGGCUGCCUCCAGGAGCAGGGUGGGCAGAAUGCUAUGUCUGUCCUGUGAGCUCACCCCCUUCCAGCCUUGGGGAGGCCCCAGAGGAAAUGAGGAAGAUGGUGUGUAAGGAUUGCUGAGUCAGCCACCUCUUUCAAGAGAGAACCCCAGUUCUGGGCAAUGAUGUGAGCUUGGAGAGGCUCUGGAGUCACUUUAUGAAUCCCCGGAAGAAGGUGGACUUGAAGCUCAUCAUCAUUGGCGCCCUGGGUGUAGGAAAGACCUCCCUCCUCCACCAAUAUGUGCACAAGACAUUUUAUGAGGACUACCAGACCACGCUGGGGGCCAGCAUCCUCUCCAAGAUUAUCAUUCUGGAUAACACGACUUUGAAGUUACAGAUCUGGGACACAGGUGGACAAGAGCGGUUCCGUUCCAUGGUGUCCACAUUCUACAAAGGCUCCGAUGGCUGCAUCCUGGCAUUUGAUGUCACUGACUCCGAAUCCUUUGAAGCCCUGGAUACCUGGCGGGGUGACGUUCUGGCCAAAACCAUUCCCAUGGAAAAGUCCUACCCCAUGGUGGUGCUGGGGAACAAGAUUGAUCUAGGAGACCGGCAGGUAUCCCAAGAGGUAGCCCAAGGCUGGUGUAAAGAGAAAGAUAUCCCCUACUUUGAAGUCAGCGCCAAGAAUGACAUCAACGUGGUCCGAGCCUUCGAGAAUCUGGCCAGCCAGGCCCUGUCAAGGUAUCGCAACGUCUUAGAGCAUCACCUCACAGACUCCAUCAAACUCUCACCAGAAAACCAGUCCCCGAGCAGAUGCUGCUAGACCUCCGGGCUCCAAAGAUCCCCCCAUCAACCCCAAUACCUGCCGGUGCUCCACCCAGGUGCCCCGUUCUGCGGCCAGAGCCCUCGUUCCCCUUGCACGUGUUGGGACCCGAGUCCAAGGCUACCCCCUGUCUCGGGCUGAAAGAAGUGAGGUCACCCCAGGGCCCUGGGGGCCAGAUGAAGCCCAGAUCGUCACAGCCACUCCCUGGCGCUGGAAGGGAACCAAGUCCCACCUGGCUCCAGCUUGCUUGCCACGCACCCUCCCACAGACUCCCACUCCCAGAUGCAUGUCUCUGCAGAGAAGCCGUGUGUCUCCUGUGAACAGGCCGUCCUCGCCGCUCAGCACAGCAAUGCCCAGGCAUGGGUGCAUUUCAGCCCCCUGCCCCGUCUGGUCCUGGCACCCCCUCGUCCCACCAGGGUAUAAGGCUGAGGAAAAGCCACCAGAGAACCCAUCCUCUUUGCAGGGGGCUCCAGCGACUCCUGUAAAUUUCUCGGAGCCUCUGUUGUGCCUCUGUCCAGUGGGGGGGUCUCGUGCCCACACCAGAGUGGGGCUGGAGGCCGGGAGCCCCUCUCCAAUCUUGCUUGCUUUGUUGAUAUGAACAUAUUUAUUCCUUCAACCAGCAUUUUCGAGUGUCCGCUAUGGACAUCUCUGGGGUCCAGUGACAACUCAGGCAAGGCCCUGCUCUCCCGGCCCUGACAUCUGGAGAGGCAGAGACACGGGCAGAGGCAGAGAGACACAGGCACUCCCAACUAUAAGAUAUGUGCUUAAACAAAGAGAAACAGGUAAUGGGAUGGAGAGGGACAGGGACUCGGGGGAAGCUGCCUCCGUCCAAGUAGUCCAGGAGGGCUUCCCUGAGGGCUGAGAAUGAGAAAGGGCUGCCACCUGAGAUCUGGACGACAGCAACCUGGUGCAGGGAGCAGCGAGGGCUGAGGCCCUCAGGGGAGAACGAGCUUGCUGUGUUCCAGGAACACAGAAAGGACUUUACCUGAGAACACAAGGCUGCUGUCCCAGGUACAAGCAGAGGGGACCCGCCCCUGGACGGCUCUGGCUCCUUGCGCCUCUGACAGAUGACCACUAGGGGGCAGCAGUGCUCCUCCCCUGCCAGGCUGAGCAGAACCCUGGAAGAGCCAUGUUUUCCUUGUCCAGAUUGAUGGCCAAACCUAGUUUUGGGCUCUCAGAGCAUUCAGGCUUUAAGAUAUGUGGGGCAGGAGGAUGCCAGAUUCUUUAGCCUAGUAAGAAACAAACAAAACUGCAACAUCAACAAUUCAGGCAAGAAUUUUGCAUCUGUAAGAAAAACCAGAAAGAGAGACCUUCAAGCUCAUGGGUGCUCUGUCCCUGCAGAGUAGGCAUAACCUGCUCCAUCCCUUGGCACCACUGAAGUCUCUCAGCUACACAGCAGGAGGCUUCCCUGAGCCCUGAGUGUAAAUGGGCUGUAGUAAGAUUUCCGAGGGUCAUCUGACUGCAGAUAUGCCUAGCGGUGGGGAAAGGGAGGUCAGCAAGGAAGCUUGGGGGGACCCUUCUUCCCACCCAACUGUGGAGUAAGAACUGACCCAUCCUGGGCAUUAAGCAGGACCUGGCAAGGGAGCACGUAGCCUGGAGCACCCCUCUGUCUCAUGUCCUUCACAGGGUGACCUGUGCGUCCCAGAGCUUUUCCUGGAGUCACUCGGGCUGUGGCUCCCGCACGCGGUGUGUGGGUGUAUACACAGCGGCCCACUUGUGGUGGCCGUAAGGCCCAUUUCCAAAUGCAUGCAAUAACAAAUAAAUG